CUAGUACUACCUGCAGGACUUCAACAUCUUCUAUUAAAAGGAGGACCUCUCCGCGAGAAAAAGAGGACUACAAGACCACCGUUCUUCAGCAGAAUCUGACGAUUGUCACCAAGUAUCUAGGCGAUUAUUUGCUUCUGCAAAACGUAGAGCGGACACCCGGAAACAGUUGUGGAUCUACUCCUUGGUCGCACACAAGGAUGGCACGGAUGAAUACUUCAGCGAC